CGCGGCGGGCUAGUUGGUGGACUACAGAACCAUACCGAGGCCUCCUUUAGGCUCUGUGUCGCCUCAAAAACCAACACUUUGACCUCGGAAUACUUGAAGUGGGAAAACAGUGACUGUCAACCGACUCUUGAGAGUCAUUUAUUAAGCAUCCUUUAUGACACCAGAUUAUCCAUUGUACAAAGAUACUAAGUAUUGGCAAAACACCAAAUACCAUUAUCUCGAAACUUGGUAAAUUUAUGCUUCAACCAUGUCACUAGAUCUACUCUCAGACGACUUGGUCCUCGAUAUCAUCGACUUAGUAUCGUACAAUACACGCUGCUUAUGCGACAUCGCUCGAAGCUCGAAACGUCUCAAUGAUCUCGCAACACCUUUCCUCUACAAGGAGAUUGAUCUAGGUACUUGGAACGGGGAAAUUUUGCUGUUGAGGGCGUUGCUUGGGAAUCCUAGGCUCGGGUACGUCAACUUGUCUGCUUUGAAUAUCCUAGACACUUUCACACUUUAUGCUGUUCUGUGCAGCAAAGCUCAAAGCUCGAAUGUUCUACCUCUAUCAUGCCCAGCUGACCAUGUGACCAGCAAACACUGCAAAUCCUUCACCUCCUGCCGCAACACCUGGAAAACAGCCACAGACCGCUCACUCACCCCCUCCGAACAAGCUCUCGUCCCAACUCGGAUCUCGAAAUACUGCACUACCCCAGAAGAAGUGCAGAAAUGGCUUCUUGACCUAGAGGACAAAUAAUGGGAAGCCUCCACCGGUCUUCUACUGAGCUGCAUGCCUAAUGUGGGGAAAUUGCAGAUUAAGGAAUACAAGCAAUCG